AUGUGCUCUGUGACCUACACCCCCAUGUGGCCCCGGGGCCCCCAUGUGCUCUGUGACCCACGGGGCCCCCAUGUGCUCUGUGACCCACGGGGCCCCCAUGUGCUCUGGGCCCCCAUGUGCUCUGUGACCUGCCUCAAGGGGCCCCAUGUGCUCUGUGACCUACGGGGCCCCCAGUGGUGGUACAGGGGCCCCCAUGUGCUCUGUGACCUAGGGGGAACGCUGACCUGCCUUUCCUUUUCUCUUCCCGUCUCCAGGGCGACCUCCAACAACAAAGUGUGUGAUAUGGUCCUUCUGGAGCUGAGCUAUAUCAACUCUAACCUGCAGCUGCUCAUGGAACAACUGGAGGGGCUCAACAGCUCCGUGGAGGUCUACCAGAACAUCCAAGAGACCUCCAGCAUCCCUCUCAUCCCGCUGGGUCUGAAGGAGACUAAAGAGAUGGACUUCUCUGUGUCAUUCAAGGACUUCAUCCUGGAGCAUUACAGUGAAGAUGGCUCCAGCUUCGAGGAGGAGAUCGCCGACCUGAUGGACCUGAGACAGGCCUGUCGUACCCCCAGUCGCAAUGAAGCCGGCAUCGAGACCCUGGCCAAGUACUUCAGCCACAUACCUCUACUGGAGAGCCGCUUCUUCUCCGCUACCCGCCAGAUGGGCAUCUUCUUUACUUGGUAUGACUCGUUCACAGGUGUUCCAGUGUGCCAGCAGAACGUCUCUCUGGAGAAGGCCAGUAUUCUGUUCAACAUCGGCGCCCUCUACACCCAGAUCGGCACGCGCUGCAACCGCCAGACGGGCUCCGGCCUCCAGGAUGCCAUCACAGCCUUCCAGAAAGCUGCAGGAGUCCUCCACCACCUGAAGGAGACGUUCACCCACACCCCCAGCUAUGACAUGAGUCCCUCCAUGCUCAGUAUGCUCAUCAAGAUGAUGCUGGCCCAAGCUCAGGAGUGUCUGUUUGAGAAGAUCGCUCUGUCUGGCAUCCGCAAUGAGUUCUUCUCUCUCCUCAAGAUGGCCCACGAGGCUGCCAAGGUAGGAGACACCUAUGACCAGGUUCACCAGUCUAUGAGCCAGACCCCCAUCAAGGACAACGUCCCGUUCUUCUGGUCCACCAUGGCUCAGGUCAAGACCCACCACUACCGUUCACUGGCACACUACUUCCUGGCUACUGCGCUAUUGGACCACCAGCUGAGGCCCAGUGAUGACGAGGACCAACAGGAGAAGGCUCUGUCCCAGGCGUAUGAUGCCAUGCCAGAUGGCCACUCCCCACUCGACAUCCUCAGGAAGAUGAGGAGAGACGACAAUCCUUCCCCAGGUAAGGCCCACCUGCGGCGGGCUGUGAUAGGUCAUGAGGAGGGUCUGAGGAUCCAUAGUCUGUGUCGUCACCUCAGGAAGCUGGAUGUGCUCCAGGCCAUCCUCCAGGCCAGUCACAACCGUUCCCUGGCCAAGUUCAAUGACAACAACCGAGAGGACGAGUUCACAGACUACCUGGAGGCUCCAGACAUCAUCUCUAAAACGGAGCACAAGGCAGAGAUGGAAACGCCCAUGGCCACAAAGGUGAAAGUCACAGACUUUUUCCGGAGGCUGGGUCCUCUGUCAGUGUUCUCUGCUAAGCAACGGUGGACAGCUCCUCGUACCGUCAGGCUGAGACUGGAGGACAGAGACCUGGGCUUCACCCUGAGAGGAGACCCAGUACCUGUACAGGUUACCUCCCUGGACCCACUCUGCCCUGCCGCUGUUGACGGGCUGAAAGAGGGGGACUACAUUGUUGCCGUGGGAGACGCGGACUGUAAGUGGAUGGUAGUGAGCGAUGUGAUGCGGCUGUUGAAGGAUGUGGACGAGGACGGGAUCGACAUCCGCGUUGUUAGCUUGAUGGACAGCGCCCUGCCCAUGCCCACUAAGAGUGCCACGUACUGCGGAGGUAUAUCUAAGACCUACUCCAUGAUCUGCCUGGCAUUCGACGAUGACAAGAGCCCCAAGGGCCGCAAGGUGACCAAGAAGGGCUCCUUCCUGUCCUGGGGCGUGAAGAACCAUCUGAAGAGCUCCAGCACCCUGAGCCUCCCUACAGCAGACUACUCUGGAACACUGCCUUGGAACAAACCCUGUCCCACCUUCCCUUCCUCCAGCCCCUACAACGACUCCGCUCUUUACUAGAGAAGGAAACCCACUGGACUGUACAGAUACUCUACUGGGUUAGAGAAUACUGUGUGAAGGUCUCAAAUGGCACCCUAUUCUCCAUAUAGUGCACUACUUUGGAGGUCUAUGGGCUCUGGUCUAAAGUAGUGCACUCUAUAGGGAAUAGGGUGCCAUAG